CGGCAGGCGGCGGGGCCCGGAAGCGGCGCGCGGCGCCGGCGAAUCCCGCGGCGCCAGGUCGGAACGGGGCUGGAGUAUGCGGGGCGGCUGGCGGUCUGCGGCGCGCGGCGCAUUCGUUCCCCCGCGGCGGUGGCGGCGGCGCGCGGCGGCUCUCCAGUGAGCGGCGGAGGCCGGAGCGGCGGGCUGGGUGCCGGGCGGGCGGGGCCCGCGGCUGAGAGGCGGGCGGGCCGGGGGCGCCAGGCGCGGGGCAGCCAUGUGGAGCGGCCGCAGCUCCUUCACCAGCCUGGUGGUGGGCGUGUUCGUGGUCUACGUGGUGCACACCUGCUGGGUCAUGUACGGCAUCGUCUACACCCGCCCGUGCUCCGGCGACGCCAACUGCAUCCAGCCCUACCUGGCGCGGCGGCCCAAGCUGCAGCUGAGCGUAUACACCACGACGAGGUCCCACCUGGGUACUGAAAACAACAUCGACCUGGUCUUGAAUGUGGAAGACUUUGAUGUGGAGUCCAAAUUUGAAAGGACAGUUAAUGUUUCUGUACCAAAGAAAACGAGAAACAAUGGGACGCUGUAUGCCUACAUCUUCCUCCAUCACGCUGGGGUCCUGCCAUGGCACGACGGGAAGCAGGUGCACCUGGUCAGUCCUCUGACCACCUACAUGGUCCCCAAGCCAGAAGAAAUCAACCUGCUCACUGGGGAGUCUGAUGCACAGCAGCAGCUCGAGGCGGAGAAGAAGCCGACGAGCGCCCUGGAUGAGCCAGUGUCCCACUGGAGACCGCGGCUGGCACUGAAUGUGAUGGCAGACAACUUUGUUUUCGACGGGUCUUCCCUGCCUGCCGAUGUGCAUCGGUACAUGAAGAUGAUCCAGCUGGGGAAGACCGUGCAUUACCUGCCCAUCCUGUUCAUCGACCAGCUCAGCAACCGUGUGAAGGACCUGAUGGUCAUAAACCGCUCCACCACCGAGCUGCCCCUCACCGUGUCCUACGACAAGGUCUCGCUGGGACGGCUGCGCUUCUGGAUCCACAUGCAGGACGCCGUGUACUCCCUGCAGCAGUUCGGGUUUUCAGAGAAAGAUGCUGAUGAGGUGAAAGGAAUUUUUGUAGAUACCAACUUAUACUUCCUGGCACUGACCUUCUUUGUCGCAGCGUUCCACCUUCUCUUUGAUUUCCUGGCCUUUAAAAACGACAUCAGUUUCUGGAAGAAGAAGAAGAGCAUGAUCGGCAUGUCCACCAAGGCAGUGCUCUGGCGCUGCUUCAGCACCGUGGUCAUCUUCCUGUUCCUGCUGGACGAGCAGACAAGCCUGCUGGUGCUGGUCCCGGCGGGCGUUGGAGCCGCCAUCGAGCUGUGGAAAGUGAAGAAGGCAUUGAAGAUGACUAUUCUUUGGAGAGGCCUGAUACCCGAAUUUCAGUUUGGCACUUACAGCGAAUCUGAGAGGAAAACCGAGGAGUACGAUACUCAGGCCAUGAAGUACUUGUCGUACCUGCUGUACCCUCUCUGUGUUGGGGGUGCUGUCUAUUCCCUCCUGAAUAUCAAGUAUAAGAGCUGGUACUCGUGGUUAAUCAACAGCUUUGUCAAUGGGGUCUAUGCCUUUGGCUUCCUCUUCAUGCUGCCCCAGCUGUUUGUGAACUACAAGGUAAGGUGGUGUGUGCUGCCUGCGGCCCGGCCCCCGUCUCCUGUGCUGCCCGCAGCUGACCUUUGCCUGUCUCUCCUGUUUCAGUUGAAGUCAGUGGCACAUCUGCCCUGGAAGGCCUUCACCUACAAGGCUUUCAACACCUUCAUUGAUGAUGUCUUUGCCUUCAUCAUCACCAUGCCCACGUCUCACCGGCUGGCCUGCUUCCGGGACGAUGUGGUGUUCCUGGUCUACCUGUACCAGCGGUGGCUUUAUCCUGUGGAUAAACGCAGAGUGAACGAGUUCGGGGAGUCCUACGAGGAGAAGGCCACGCGGGCGCCCCACACAGACUGAAGGCCGCCCGGGCUGCCGCUGGCCACGUGCGACUUGAAUUGUCCAUGAGUAUUUUCAGAAGCAUUUGGUGGAAUUCCCAGACAUUUGCAUUUUCUGUGUUGCCAAAAUCGCUUUGGACAUUUCUCAGACAUCUCCCAAGUCCCUCACAUCAGAUUUGGAGCUGGUGGCGCUCACGGUGCCCCCACGUGUGAACGUCUGUCUUGGUCACAGAGCUGGGCGCUGCCAGUCAGCUUGAGCUGUGGUGGCUCCCGGCACGCGAGUGUCUGGGGGUCGGCCAUGUCCUCACACUGGCAGGUGCGGGAGCCCUCACAGGCAAGGGGGCUGUUGGAGUUCCAUUUCAGGUGGUUUUCUAAGUGCUCCUUAUGUGAAUUUCAAACACAUACGGAAUUCAUUCCGCGUGGACUCUGGGAUCAAAGGCUCUUUCCUCUUUUGUUUGAGAGUUGGUUGUUUUAAAGCUUAAUGUAUGUUUCUAUUUUAAAAUAAAUUUUUCUGGCUGUGGCAUUUUUCUUGACCUGGUAUAAUGAAAGUAUUUCAGAUAUUUGAGUUUAACCCUUUUCCAGAAAGUAAUACAUAAUGUGGAUUUAUUUAUGCAUUAAAAGAGCAAAUUUAAAGAGC